CAGCACGGUAGUGGGCUGAUCGAGGCUUCCUGCUGCGUUCGCAGUUCGGGAACAUGCUGAUCCGAGUGACCCGAAUACCGGCCUUGCUUCAGAGCUCAGGGCCGAGCCUGGGUCUUUGGCCCCAACACCUGUGUUGUUAUUCCUCAGACUCCAAAGAGAGUGGCUGGCUCCGUUCACUAUUCGUGCGGAAGGUGGAUCCUCGCCGAGAUGCACACUCAACUCUGCUGUCCAAGAAGGAGACCAGCGGCCUCUACAAGAUGCAGUUUCAUAACGUGAAACCCGAAUGCCUGGACGCUUAUAACAAACUAACAGAGGAGGUGCUACCAAAGCUCCACCUGGACCCGGAUUAUCCCUGUGAUCUUGUGGGCAAUUGGAACACGUGGUAUGGGGAGCAGGACCAGGCAGUUCACCUGUGGCGCUUCUCUGGGGGUUAUCCCGCACUCAUGGACUGCAUGAAUAAAUUGCGCAAUAACAAGGAAUACUUGGCUUUCAGAGAAGAGAGGAGCCGGAUGCUUCUGUCUCGUAGAAACCAACUGCUCCUCGAGUUCAGUUUCUGGAAUGAACCUGUUCCUCGUAAAGGACCCAAUAUAUAUGAGCUGCGCACCUACAGAUUAAAGCCUGGAACAAUGAUUGAAUGGGGAAAUAACUGGGCACGUGCUAUCAAAUACCGCCAGGAGAAUGAGGAGGCAGUGGGUGGAUUCUUCUCUCAGAUUGGAGAAUUGUAUGUUGUACAUCAUCUUUGGGCAUACAAAGAUCUACAGUCCAGAGAAGAAACCCGGAAAGCCGCGUGGACCAAACGGGGAUGGGAUGAGAAUGUGUAUUACACUGUACCUCUUAUCCGUAACAUGGAGUCUCGUAUUAUGAUUCCCCUGAAGAUCUCUCCUCUUCAGUAAAGCACUCGUGCUCAUCUCCAAUUUCCUCCAGAGACCCAAGUGCAGGUUUCAAAUAUCUGACCAAAUGACUCUGAUGAUUCCCUGUUGGAAGUGUUACGUAGAAUGGGAGCAGAUACAAUACCUUUUUAGUAAAACUGUUUUUUUUUUUUUUUGUUUUUUUU